AUGUUGCCUCCUCGUGGAUAUAUCUUUAUUGGCCUCAAUGUAGUCCGCAUCCUCAGUAUUGUCUCCUUGUUACUGGUAUUUGCCAGCAGCAUCUUCGUCAUCGUCAUCGACGUGGAGGCCGUGAACCGCUUCAUGGCGCUCCCCGCAGACCAAGUACCGGAUUGUGACUACGUACCAGGUAGCGACGUGCCAAACCAGCCCGCGGGCAUCUUUUGGGCGAUCCUCAACCGGCUCCUCAUCAUAUUCGAGGUGAUCGUGCUUAUAAUGUCCGAGAUCGGGUGGCCCGCAGCGUUCUUCGAAAGGUUCUUCCCCGUGCUCGGGCGCUCCUUUGGGCUCGGGUCCAUUGGUACCUUCCAGUGCCUCCUCGGCGCGGCGAUCCUCUCUCAUCACGUCGACGACUUCACCCUUGUCGCCGCGUUCUUCCUCUUUGCGCUUGGAUGCGUUAACAUCCUCGCAGGCCUCAUCUUCCGCGAGAAGGCCAAGUGGAAGCGCUCUAUCACCGAGUGGCGCAAUGAGCGUAAGGGCGUCCUCCCGAGGACCCUUGAACUCGCUCCGAAGUUCACGCGACCCUCGUCGACGUUCGUGUCAAACUUGUUCGGCAAGACAGGUAGGACCACAGAGACGACGGAGGACCCAGAGAAGAGAGGGUAUGGCUUCGGGAGGCAAGGCGAGAAGGCGGCGGCUCAUAACGGCUACGUGAUCAGCAGGCCCCUCGAGAGCAUGUCCCGCUAUGCCCCUGCUCCCCGCAACCAACACCCGCCAUCCCACCACUCCGUACAGUCAGACGACGCACGCUCCGAAGCAUCGGAGGACGAAUCUUCGCAUUACCCGAACACACCACAGACGACGUACGAUGCUCCGCAUUACCCUGUCCUAACAAAGUCGAUCUUCAAGUCGAGUAAUACCGCGCUUUGA